AUGUUCAAACGGCGCAAAGACCAGGACUCUGCUCAGCCAUACAAGCGUCUUCGUACUCGCGAUGCUGGGUCUGUGGACCGCCUGUCUCGCUUGAGUAAUGAGCUCCUACUUCAUAUCUUCUCAUUUCUGCCGGUUUCAUCUCUGAAUGUGUGCCAAAGGUUAUCUCAUCGGUUCCAUGCUCUUGGUGGUGACUCGGAGCUAUGGAAAAGGCAGUACUACUCAGAAUGGGUACGACCUCGUGCCCGCCGGCUCGCAAAUGUUAGACGUACAACACUCCCAGCCAAGACAGACUACUCGCCCAAAGUCGCAACAUGGUUUGACCAUGGUCACUUGGCACAGGAGGCCAAGACCAAUUGGAAAAGACAAUACCGGCUUCGGCAUAAUUGGUCCAGAGGACUAUGCCGGUUUACUGAGGUCGAAUUUCCUCAGCCGCCAUGUCCUCCAACCCUGGUCAGAUUUUGUGCUGGGGUUGUUUUCUCGGCAGACCCGGCGUACGGGCUCCGGGCUUGGCCUGCAAGGGACCCAGCAUCUUGUAUGGCAAGAGUUCCAUUGACGGCUCAUCCCAAAGGACCACCCGUAGCCCCAACGGCUUUGGCGGUAAGUCAGGUUCAAGACGACAUCGAAAUCUCAGUAGGAUUGGGAAAUGGCCAUUUUAGCCUCUUCGUCUUGAACAUUAGAACAUCCGAUCUGAGCUUUCAAUCCUCUCAUCUAGGUUGCGAUGGUGCUAUAACUGCAAUGGCAUUGUCAUCGCCAUACCUGUUGGUGGUAUCCCAGCAUAAAGAUUUGACACUGUACAAUCUGCGUCACGGAAGCCAGCGGGCAGGUAAAACUGGCGAGAUUCAAGAGCCACGCCAACUCGCCUCCCUCAGGGCGGAAAAUAUCGUUGCACCCAUGACUUUAUCUCUUCGAGUCUCAACUUUUGAUAUUGUCGCGACUAUUGUGUAUAGCUUCUUUCAUAUUGGGUGUGGCUGGUCGCUGGGAAUUCAAGAACUGCGCCUGGACAAGGAUGGCCAACAACUUGACUCACGACUAGCCACUACGGUGGAUUCACAAUAUGGGUUACGGCCACCGCAAGGGCUACCACAAUCCCAAAAAAGACGACACUCAGCGACUCGGGCAGUCAACAGUCAAGGCGUCACCGCUGGAACACCAACCAUCCUACACCAGAAACCGCCAACCUCUAUGUCUUAUUCUCACCCAUAUCUGCUGACCUCUCACGCGGACAACACAUUGACUAUGUAUCUCGUGGUCUCUACAUCCGACAAUUUGUUUGUUCAAGGUGGCCGGCGCCUUUGGGGCCACACCUCUUCUGUAUCCGCUGUUCAAGUGACGAAUCGUGGUAAAGCUGUUUCAGUGAGCGCUCGAGGAGACGAAAUUCGAAUCUGGGAAUUGGAGAUGGCGAUAUCUACCUUGGGCAGCCGCAAAUAUUUCAAAGAAGAGAACGGGGUCAAGCUCAGCCCCGAAAUCAAGCAGGAUGAAGGCUCAGAGGUUGCCCCUGUCCAUCACAACUUGGACAGAGUAGAUCAUGCCCAAGGAUUAUUGCAAGGUUGUGUUGGGUUUGACGAGGAGCGAGUACUGUUGCUCCGAGAGAAGACGGGAACACAGCUCCUUGGAUGUUAUGACUUUACAUGA